GCUAACACUUAAAAUAAAUCAAUUAAUAUACGCAGCAUAUAAGAGAAUAAAAAAAAAGUAAAAAUAAAAAAAUUAUGCGGCUACUAAAACAGCAAAGAUUAAUUAAAUUAAUUAAAUAAAAAAUUUAUUUCGUUUAAAUAUUUUUAGAAAACAAUAUUAAAAUGGCACGACUGCCACCGCCUUUGACGAAUGCAUGCAUUUUUUUUGCUCCGCUUAUAAAUACCAACAUCUACGCUAGCGCCAGCAACAGUAAAAGAAACAACAAUAAUAAGACAUGUUGUAUAUGUGCCACGAACACUUAUUGUGCUCAGCAAGAACAUCUCAAUGGUGUACAGCACUCUUAUCAGUCGCAAUGGCGUCAUCGUGAGCAAUACAUUGGGAGCAGCAACAGCUCUUGCUGUUAAGCUGUUAACAGGCUGUUAACGUAUAAUUGCACAGCCUGUUCAAAAGCAGACCGCUGGUAUGAGUUUGAUCAUGAAUGCAUGUGCAAAAAUGUGUGAUUAAAUUAAAAAAAAGUUAUAUAGCAAAGAGUAGUACCAAGUCAUGAGAAAUAAAUAAAUAAAAACAAAGCACUGCGUACACAGAAAAGCACACGCACACAAAGAGGCGAGAAUAUUUCAUAGUGAGAUUAUGCGGCUUACUAAGCAUAUUUUUGCUGACGCUGGCGCAUAUAAUGUGCGGGGUUAUGUGUGGUGAAGAAAGGAGGUACUACGUAAGAUAUGUUUAUAUGUAAGUGAGUGAUUACUUCAGGUUUUCUUGUUUCAUUUUUGCCACGCCUCUGCAAAACAGCGCAUGUAAUCGAUAUUUAUUAAAUAUUUUGCCACGCAAUGGUGCAAGUAGGCGUGCGGUGACGCAGCUACAACAUGAAAAGCGUUGAAUAAGUGCCAAAAAAUUGCGACCAAAAAUAAUCAAAAAUAUAACCAAAUAAAAUUUAAAAAAAGUAAACAUCAACCAAAAAGUAAUCCGUAAAAAGGUUUGGUAAUGUAUUUGUUUGUAAAAAAUUGCCUUAAAUCAAGGGUGGAGUGGGGAAAUCAAUUAAGGUGAAAAGUAGCCGAGGAUAAGAGAGCACAAAAAAUUUGAGAAAAAAUGCGGCGACUCAACAGACGCAAACCCUCCUCCAUGUGUGUGCGUUAUGUGAUGCUACAGACAUAAAGGUCAAGCGCGGCUUAUAUGAAUGAAGUCAGGCCAAAUUUGUAGCUAAAAGCGACAAAAGAUGUUGAGCCCUAUAAUUGAAUACAAAAUAUUCUUCAAUUGAAAAAAUUAUUAUCAAUAAAAAAACAAUAAUAAUAUAUUAUAAAUCCUAAUUAAACAAUUAAAAUCAAAUAAAUUUCGAUUUACAAAAGCAACUACCUUAAUAAUUAAUUAAAGAAAGAAAUAAUAAGUGUUGAAAAUUAAUAUCAAUAGCCGUUAGAGAAUUUCUUAGUAAAAAAUAUUAAUUUUCUUAAAACUUUAACUGCAAAUCAAAUAAUCGUUUUAGAUUUGUUAAAUCAAAAACCAAACCAAAAUUAAGAAAUUGUGUUCCACUUACAUACUUCGUAAGCACGCCAAAAGCAAACGCAACCUUUAAUACCACAACACUACCAAACACCCCGUCACUAUGGCCGGCCCACAAGUGCAACAUUCACAUUCACAUUCGCAGCGCCCCAAUAGCGCCUAUUACAUGGGCCUGAAUGGUGGUGGCGGCGGCGGCAUAGCCACCAAUGGUCAUCAUGUCGUCGGCGGUGGAACGGAGCACACCCACACAACUACAGCGACUAGCAUUAGCACCAGUAGUAGCGCACACACCGGUCUAUAUGCGCUACGUCAAAUGUCCAACGACAUGGAGUUAAUAUAUCGUGGCAAUAGCGCCAAUGCUAGCCACCAAAGACACUCUGCCAUGUUAACGCAUGGCGUCAUUCAACAACAGCCAACCGGCGCUGCGGUGGGGACAUCAGCUGCCUUGGACAACAGCGGCAGUGUAGCGGAUGUUGUUAGUGGUAGUCAAAUUGUCAGCAUUGCUGGUCCCGGACCGAGCGCCACUGAUGCUUUAAUUGUUCCUUCAAAUGCUGCGACGACGAAACGCAGCAAUUUGGCGUCGUCGAAAUCAAAGCAGCGCAGUGUCGAAAUCGUCGUCGAUGCGUCACAAUGUGGCACUGCUGGUGACGAUGAUGUGGACGGCGGCAAAUCAGGCGAUGACGUUGAGCAGGGGCAUCGUAUGUCGCGACAUCGGCGUCGGCCGUUGCAUCGUCGAUUAUUUAGCUACCUGCGCAGUUUAUUUCAAGGCAGUGCCGCUCAGCAUGAUUCUGAAUUGGAGGAAUUUGAGACGCCCGCACGUUAUCGUCCCGACUCCUUAAGUGCCCUCAGUCGUACCACACGUUUCACAGAGGAUGAAAUCAAACGAAUUUAUCGCGGUUUUAAGGCUGAGUGUCCGACGGGCGUCGUCAAAGAGGACACAUUCAAACUUAUCUACUCGCAAUUUUUCCCACAGGGAGCCAACCCCACCCUGUAUGCGCACUACGUUUUCAAUACACUCGAUCAGGAUCACAGCGGCAUUAUUAGCUUUGAGGAUUUCGUUCAAGGACUUUCGAUAUUGUCGCGCGGCUCUGUGGAGGAGAAACUCCGUUGGACAUUCUCGUUGUACGACAUCAACGGCGAUGGCUUCAUAACGAGGGAGGAAAUGACUGAUAUUGUGACUGCCAUUUACGAACUGAUGGGACGCCUACCGGACGAGUGUCCCGAAGAGGAGAAAGUCAAAUGCAAAGUCGACCACAUAUUCCAGAAAAUGGACAAAAAUGGCGAUGGCGUUGUGACGUUGGACGAGUUUCUGGAGACGUGUCGAAGUGACGAAGCUAUAUCACGGUCAAUGUCCGUCUUCGACUCAGCGUUCUGACCAUAUCCGCUGGAGAAACGAGACGAGAGCGCCGGCGGUCACCGGCAACGCAGACAACCGUCAGGAGGUAGAAGUAAGGUAGGCACUGGCGGCGGAACUAAUCAUAGUCGUACACGUAGUAGUCGCAAUAGGCGCAAACAAUCAUCAUUAUCAUCACAGCAACGUCAGCAGCAGCAGCAGCAGCAGAAACAACUGGAGCAGCAACAACUAACACAACAACAACAAACGUCAUUGGAUGCGCAAGCUGAGCGCGACAAAUGUAAAAACCCCGAUAAACGUAAGUCGAAUAAGAAAACCCUACAAAUACAACUACCAGAUAAAGCACAGCCACAGCCACAGACAAAACCACAACUGAAGCAACAACAAAUCGAUGCACUUGUAAGUCAAAAUUUAGCAAAAAAUAGCCAAAAAAUUGAGCGGCGUACCGUUGCACACAGUGCCGAAGCCUCCAAAUGGCACACUUCUAGCAGCGACGCCUCCACUGCCUCCUGUGACAGCGACAACGAAGAAGCAGUUAGCGAAAAACUCUCUUCUAUGUGUCAUCACUGCCUGCGGCCACAAUUCGAACUACAGCUGCGAUAUCUGCGUCCAUAUCAGCGACGACAAUGGAGCCGACUACUACAGCAACAGCGCAGCAAGCGGCACAACAGUAAAUCGCGCAAAGAAGUGAGCUGGAGUGGUGGCGGAGUAGAUGACAACGAAGGCGGUAGAAGAGAUGGAGGUGGAGGUGGCGGUGGUGUCGGUGGCAGCGGCGCAGUUGCUGUUGGAGUUGGUGGCUACGGAGCAGGCGAGUACAUUUCACCAACGAAUACCUGCACAAGCGGUGUGCAUUGGUCACGACGCGAUGUCAGUGCGGCGGUGCGUUAUCGCUGUCCGCAAGUGGGCCCCAAGUCCGCACCCUAUCACUUCCAUCAUCCUCAACAACUACACAAUGCAUAUCAGCUGCAGUUGCUGCUGCAGCAAUGUGACUAUGUGCCGCCAACGUUCUAUCAACAAAAGCAACAGCAACAGUUAUUUUGUAAGAGGCAAGCAACAUUACACAAUAAUAAUUUGGAUUUCAACACAACCACAACCACUGCAGCCAACAUGGCAACCAUCACUUUUGAAUGUGAAUCGCAAUCGCAAUCACAAAGGCAACAACAAUUGCUGGAUCAACAGCAAAGAAAUCAAAAUAUACAAAUAAAUCAAAAUUUACACGCAAUGACCACAGCAACAACAACCAUCAAAACUGCCACAUCGAGCGGGUGUAGCGAAAAUGGCUACACGAGUAACACCAGCUUAGGCGGGACGACGGUGGCGACAGCAAGAGCGCCGGGCGCUCUUGCCGCCCACCCCGGCCGCUCUACUAGAGGCACAGUCAGCGACAGUGAGUUGCAGUUGCAGCAGCACCACCCGACUACGUCGGAAUCACCGUCGCUGGUGAAGGUACGCGCCUGGUAUACAGUGGCUAAACAGGGUGUUUCUUGCUAAUAAUAAUUUUACUUCUCAAUCUUCCGGCUUCAUCUCAACUGUGCUCUAUAUUUACCUAGAAAUUCUUGUUAGACAUUACUUUUUUCACUAAACAGGAAUUCUGGUAUUUGGUUUUGUUUGAAUUUAUUUUGAGAAAUCUGCUAACAAAUCAUGCGAAAUGGGGUAAAAUUCGGUAGUCAUAGAAAUGAGAUAAUAAUAAUCGUACUUAAAGAGUACUCUUGUAGGACACAGCAAAACUUUAGGAAAAUUUACAAGUGUAAGGUGAAUGAAAAACUAGGGUCUGUCAGACUCACGCACGGUAGAAGUGAAACUUCUAAGUUGGUUGUUCCACGCAUGGGAGCCCCGGUUUAGAUCUCUCCCCCCUCUCUCGUAUUAAAUUCAGGUUUUCAUAUUUUUUUUCUAUAUCACUCCACAUAAAUGUGUACUAUUUAUUUUUGUCCUUAUUAGCUUCAAAUUUGACACUUGGGUGCAGUGUUGCACUUGACGCUGACAUUUCUUUGCACUUCCAAUGGUAUUUUUUGCCUACUUUUGGCGCGUUAAUCAAUUUGCUUUGAUCACCGAAACGGUUGAAAUGUCAUUUUACAACCUUCUACUUCAACUAUCGUCACUCGUUUGGCAAACGCACUCAUUGUAUCGCUUCGUCUCCUCCAUACCUACCAUCUAUUUACUUCACAGCAGUUUCUUAUUGCUUUCCCGCUUACACAUAUUCAAUCGGCGCUUUAUCUGAUACUUACACACAGCACUCAUUUGCACGGGCUAUGGCUAUCUAUAAUACCCGUUGUCGGUUGUCGAUUGUCGGUUGCCUGCAUGUCGCCAGUCUACUUCAAUGCUUACUUGUGUGCUAUAUACAUUUCAGUUCAUAUUAUCGUUCAGCGCUUGUGAUGCGAGAGAGCGACAGAGAGAGCGAAUAGGCGAGAGUGGGAAGGAGCAGCUGCUCCUUGGCCCCGCCCAUUUGACAGAUUUCGGUAACGCUCCGAACUUACCGUUUCACUCGCCUAUUUUCAAUCUGCCUUGGGGCCCCCGACGCGCCUAAAGAAGUUUCACUUCAAAAAUCGACCUUUUGUUAAAAUCUGAUCUAGCAGAUGUCUUAAAUUUGAUUUUAUGCUUGGAAUAAGUCAAGCAGCCCAUGCCUCAGAAGCUUUCCUCGCUCAUUCGUCUGCUUCCGCAUUUUCUAAAACAUCGCUAUUGUGUUCAGGGAACCUAUAUAGAUUGAUGUUUUGCUGACGAAAAAAUUGAGUGGAUCUUCAACAGCUUGCGCCUAGUCAUUGCCAGCUUAAGAAUCUGAAUCGCAGCUUGACUGCCUAGCUUUAAAGGCGCUAGGUACGCCAGUUCCACUGCAUAAAUCUCAGCCUAAAAGCACGACAAUAAUCUGGAAGUUUGUAAGUUUCUCACAGCGAGAAUUGUAUAGAAGAAGACAUCAGAUCCGAUUUCUGUAAAAAAUCUAACUACUCGUAUAAAAUGUUUAUCUGGGUUGGUUUUGUGCCGGAUAUACUGUGGGCAAAAAGUAAGGUGAAUUUGGUUGUAAAAUGAAAAAUCUUUAUUUAUUCUUAUAAAUCAAUUUCAUCCCCUUCAAAAUAAUCCCCUCUCAAUGAAACACACUUUUGCCAACGAUUUUUCCAAUCCCCGAAACAUGCCAAAUAGUCCAUUUCCGGUAUAGCCAUCAGCACCUUCUUCGAUUCAGCUUUUAUCUCCUCAAUCGACUCGAAACGCCUUCCCCGGAGUGGUCUCUUGAGUUUUGGGAAUAGCCAGAAGUCACACGGAGCCAAAUCAGGUGAAUACGGUGGUUGCGAAACGAUAUGCGUGGAAUUUUUGGCGAAAUGGUCACGAAGAACGAGGGCAGUGUGAGACGGUGCUUUAUCGUGAUGCAAAAACCAAGAUUGGUUGGCCCAUAAUUCUGGUAUUUUUAGACGAAUUGCUUCACGUAAACGACGCAUAACGCUCAAAUAAUAUUCCUUAUUAACAGAUUGGCCAGGUGGAAGGAAUUCAUAGUGCACCACACCACGAAAAUCGAAAAAAACUGUCAUCAUGACCUUUAUUUUUGAACAACUUUGACGUGGUCUUUUCGGUCUGGCCUCGCCUUUAGCACGAUAUUCGCUUGAUUGGUCGGUUGUUUCAGGGUCGUAAGCAUAAAUCCAAGUCUCAUCCCCCGUAAUGAUGCAUUUGAGCUUGUCCUGAUAGUCUGAAAGCAUUGUUUCACACACAUCAACGCGACUACUUUUUUCCAAGAAAUUGAGAGUUUUCGGUACCAAACGAGAUUUGACUUUUCGUAUGCCCAAAUGGUCUUUCAAAAUGGUUUUCACAGAUCCUUCUGAUAUUCCGAUCAUAUCAGUAAGGUCUUUAACAGUCAACCGACGAUUUUUGAAUACUAACUCCUUCACUUUAUUGACGUGUUGGUCAUCUGUUGACGUCGAUGGUCGUCCGGAGCGCUCCAAGUCAUCAACACGUUCUCGACUCUCUUUGAAGGCUUUGUACCACUUAUAAACAUUUUUCUGUGACAUGGUCGAAUCACCAAAUGCCUUCUACAACAUGCUAAACGUUUCCGCAGCCGAAAUUUCAUUCCGCAAACAAAAUUUGAUGGCAAUUCUCUGCUCAAUCAAAUCAGACAUUGUAAAAAUCGAAAAAUGCACUCUUGGUCGUUUGGUAAACACAAGCAUAAAUAUAUUACUUAUAAUGACAUUCACGUGAAAGUUGGCCCAGAUGUUAUUAACAGUGCUGCCAACUCAUGAAAAAAAUAACUAGAGCGAAAUUGUAAUCCCCGCGAAGCUUGACAAAUUAAUUCACCUUACUUUUUGCCCUCAUACAUAUUUUUUUUUUUAAUUUUUCCGAUGAAUAUUCUAUGUUUGACCUUCAACUGACCUUCAAUUUUACCCUGCAAGGACAAAUGAAUAACGAAUUCGGACUCAGCAACCAAAAAAUGCAUAUAUCAAUUUUCAAUAUUCGGUCAAUAUUCUAAGUUUCGCCGGAAAUUCGCGUAAACAAACAAAACGCUCUUACCGUAUCCUCGUUUUAAGCCCAUUUCCCCCUCUACAAUGGUAUCACAUGCGAGAAUCUGAUAUCUCGUGCAAAUGUGCUCUCUCGUGAGCAACCUUUUAACCUAAAGCAAUUGCAAUAAGUUUUAGUUACUUUCUAGGUAAGCGUCGAUAGUGCAAUGUUGAGAAGUUAGUUCCCCUUUUGUACAGUACUCUUGAACCUGCGCUACUUUUGAAGAAAAUCCCACCUCGUGAGAUUAAAUGAAGAAGGAGAUUUUCUCGUUCAUCUAACUUUUUCUCUCCUAACACUUUUUUAUUAAUUUAUACUCCUGCUUAUUUCUGCUGUUGCUGUUAAAACACGAGCUGUAAAAUUUACGACGCGAUUCAAUUUGAAUAUUUCAACGUUAGAUUUAUUUAUCAAAAAUAUCAUUAAAUAUCAAUGGCCACCAUUUCGCAUUGGUUUUACAGAGUCUUUCAAUUAUUAUUUCUUCUACUCUAUUCUGAGCAACACUUGUAAAGUAUUUUAAAUACACAGAAAGUCUUUAAGAUCGCCGCAACAGUUCUAAAUUUAAAAACAGCGAAUGAUAUGAGAUACUAAUACAAAUGUAAUUUAAGCAGAAUAGUUGUUAUAAAUAAAAAAUAUAUACUUAAAUAAAAAAAAUAUACUUAAUGAUCAAUGAAAGAUUUAAAAUUUUAGGAAUUGUGGAUAUAUUUAUGUAAAAGCCAACGAAAAGGGUAUUCAAAUUAGAAAGCUAAGACCAAGUUAUGCAUUUUACUUCAAUUUAAGUCGAAUCAAAAGUGUUUUAUCAAAGCUGACACAUAUUCUUAUAAUAUCAUUUUUAACAGGUUUUAUUGGUAAUGAACCGAUUAUCGAAUUGUUCCCACCCAGCAUGCACAAAAAUGGUAAAGCUCCAAGAUAUGUACAGUGGAGAGCGAGUCAUGUGAAAUGAGAGUAGCAAGAGUGCGUAUUUGUUGUCAUAUUAUACGGUUCAAUAGCAUUUUUGGGGACGGUAUGAUUCCUACUCAGAUGAAAGACCUAGACUCAUAUAGUAAAACCUCCAAAUUUUACAUUAGUAGGUGUAAUUUUUUUGUCCAUAGAAUUUUAAGUUUGCCAUUUUUUGCCUGAGGGUUUUUAGAGUAAAUGAAAAAAGGUUAAAGUUCGUACCGGAGUUUGAUGACAUAUUGUAAAAUUCCACCGGGAAUAAUUUUGUAGAACAAUCAAACUCACUAGCCCUCUCACGAAUGAGUCGUUCAGGCCCGUUUUUUCGAAAGCCUAAAGAGAAUAGGAUUUGGGAGUUUGCUAGAGGUUUGUUGAUGUUCUAAAGAAUUAUUUGAAGAAAAAUUUAACUAGGGGUAUUCUCAGACAAAAUCUUUAUGUAAAAGAUAUAUAAGCUAAAAAACAUAAAUAAAAGCCUCAGAAAGUAAAAAACAAGUACAGUUUGUGUCAGAAAAAAGGAACCGCGAUUUUUCCUGAAGUGUAAAAGAUAUACAUUUAAAAUCUUUAGUGUAGUCUCCAUUGUUGUCGAGUAUAGCUUGGCAUGCUUUGAAGCAGCUUUUCUUCGUCGACAAACAGGACUAGAGUUUUCAAACUUGACCCACGAGUUGCUUUAAAUUGUGGACUAGCUUUCCGGCAAGAUGCGUUUUGGCGUCUGUGGACUGGGAAGGCCAGUCCAUUACUGUGACGCCAUUUUCUUGUUUUUUAAUGUGUUUUUCUGAGAGCAGUGGUUUUGAUGAUGUGGGACGGUAUGAUAUGUUCGCCUUUUUCAGUCGUCGUUCGAUAGUGUUGAAACUCACAUCUAUUCCCUUUGUAGCAAGAAUUGUGCGUGCUUGGCGUAGUCACAAAGAAGGGUCCUGCUUAAAAAGUUGGACGAUCACUUUAUCAUGCGUUUUUGUCGUCACUCGCUUCAAGCCGCGCGCGGAAAAGUCAGCAACAUUUUUGUACACUUUAUAUCGCUGAUUCCACAUCACAACAAACUUUUUUCGAUUUUUUAAUUAGUUUUACAGCCGCGGCGUAAGAUAAUUUCGGCCUUUUCGAAUGCGUGCAUAAAAAUACCGCCUCGAAACGCUUCGCAUACUUCUCACUCAUUUUUGUUUGGUUACGUUUACUUGAAAGUCCGACCGACACUAACCUGAGUUAUCACUGACAUUGUAGCUCUUAAGUGAGACUAUUACGCAGCAAAAAAUGGAGCGAAAUAUAUCUUGAAGUUACAAGAAAAGAAACGGUUCUUUUCUUCUGACGCAGACUGUAUGUUCCUCUGAAAUAUAUACGAACAAUAGUUUUUUAUUAAAGUUA